AUGUCUAGGGUAAUGAACUUGAUUGUAGGACAUCGAAUAAAUGGGAAAAGUUUGAAAGGAAAAACAUUCUACAAAGCCAUUUUUUUGGAAAAUCAAAAGAAAGCAAAAUGUAAAAGAACUGAAGGAAGACAGCCUGAGCAUAAAGAGAGUUUGAGAGAUACGACAAAGUCAGAAUCAGAAGAAGAUGUUUCUGUUUAA